GUCAAGGCAGAAUCCACAACAUUUUAUGUAUUGAUUGUACAUAUGUUCGUGUUAAGUAAUUGAGUGGGUUCCAUUUCAUUUAAUUAUUGGUUUAUUUUAACAGUUGUCGCAUUGUGUGAAUCAUCUUGUAAUGUUAUUAUAAGUACUUCUGAAGUCGUUUCUAGUCUUCUAAUCUUGUGAACGAAUCGAGUUGUGUUAGAGUCAGUGUAUGCAAUCUGAUAUGCCGGGCAACUCGACGAAGACGAACUAAAACGAAUAAAAGUACUUUAUAUUUCCCAUAAAACAUUUGUUUAUAGACUGGUAUUAUUCUCCGCUUUAAUUGCCAAACAAUAUAACUUCAUUCUUCUAAUCCUGUCGUUUAAAGUCGAGAAUCAGUCGUAGUAUUCAUCGGUUCGGGGCAUCUUCGUAACAAUAGGAACUUAGGGAUACGUUCCUUGACGGCCAGUUAACACUAUGGGGAUUUGUGACACUACGCGUCUGCAGUGACAAAGCUGACUGACUGAGUUUCAACAUGGAACUCGGCACAGAAGUGCAGCAGUUCGAUUGUUUACAUUCCACAGUUAAAAAUAUCAUAUUUAGUUGGUAAUAAGCAAAACGUGUUUCAUCAAAUGUGUUUUGACAUAGCAUUUGGGCUACUAACUCAUGAGAUAUAACGAGACACUGUCAGGGUUAUUUCAGGUAAGGAGAGAAAUUAUUGCAAGAUAACUCUUUUUUCAGUUAGACAAGAAUCAAAUGAAAAAAAUAAGAUUAUCAUUUGUUGAUAUUUCGCUUAUUUUUAUCCACGUUUUAGUAUUUCAUUACGCCUGGACCAUAGAUCAUUCUGACAGACUGACUUUCAACAUAGAAGCUUGUACACAAGUGCAGCCGUUUAGGUUAUCGCAUUCCAUGUAGCGCACAAAGGUAGGGAAUAAAGAAAUCAAAUGGAACUCUAACGAGCAUAAAUGUAAUGGAAAACGGACAGUGACAAAGAAAAAACAUUGGGGUUAGUUAGCUAUUUGGGCUUACACAGAGUGAAUGCAUCUGUGUCAUUAACAACGUUUGGAGUCAUAUUUCUACUUAACACUAAGCUUAACCCCAAUAUUACUCACCAUAUUAGACUACUCAGCACAGAAGAAAGGGAACAGACACUACUAUCAAAAACCAGUAGUCUUUUCAUAUCUUCCAGCUUCAAUGGCCACUUCUCACAGCCUAAGUGGACAAUAUCAUCAGCAUACUGUAAGUUGACGAGACUGUUCCCUGGUAAGUCCCUGAAGUGAAUGACACAAGCCUAUUAGUACACGUAUGAUGAAAGUGAACUAAAAUAAGGACGACAGUUGUAGAACUGAGCCUUGUAUUAUAUCCUUCUUGGAAAUAUCAGUUCCCUCAUAGCUUAGUUUCAUUAUUAAGUGAAUGGAAUGCAAUAUACAGAUUCAUGGAAUUCACAUACUGACGUGCUACUUUCCCAGAAUCCUGCUUAAUGUCUCGUCAGAAAGUGAGAAAUGGGUAUUGUGCAAACUCAAUAGGCUGUGAACUGGCGCCAAUGAAAAUGACAUCAAUUCUUGGAAUUACCAGUUUUAAUUUUAGCUUGAUCGCAUGCAAAACUCAGUAGUUGUAGUGGCCACUUGAUGAACCUCGGAUCCAUAUAGAAAGCGCAGAAGAUUGAGUACAACAUACACACUCCUGAUUUCACUAUGAAGCAUGUAUGCCAAGCCCAUUAUUUUGUGAGCCUACACAGGUCACAAACUUACAUUUGUCCUUACUGAGCUUAAUAUAGCGAAUCCUGUUAAGUAACUUUCCUAUGCAGAAGAGAAGAGCAAGGUAUUCAUAAUCUUUUGCUGCAUAUUUAAUCGCAGUGCAACUCGAUGAGCAAUAGUAUAUAUACGAAUUAACUGACACAUUGUGACAUGACAAGAAGUGAGACAGUCAGAUUACUAGCGUAUUUGGCGAAGUUGCUCUCACUAAAGGAGAAAAGUUAUGUAAGACGAGAGAGAAAAAAGAACAGAAGAGAUAACAGUACUUUGAGGAAAACCAGCUUCAGCAAGCACGGCGGAAGGUUUACCUUGAUAUGCGGUAUUCUGGAUUCUAUUUGAGAAAUGAUAAUGCAACCAGUCAAAUGCCAAGGAUUCGUGUUUGCACGACCGAAACCUUAUUUAACUAAAGUCAUCUAGGCUCUGAGUCAACAACAACGGCGAUUGCUGAAUGACCGAAAUCUUAGCACAAAAGUCACAAAGCACAAAAACCAUUUGCAAAGUAAGAGACGAGUCCCGGAUUGGAGAAGAGAUUGCUGAAAGGUAUACAUUUUUCAGUUAGCAAGGAACCAGAUUAAGAACUACACUGUGGUGAUUGACAAUUUCUAUCUCUGUAUUGUUUAAAUACUUACUGUUGACUGUUGAUAUGUUUCUUAUAUGAAUUGCAUUCUAAUUCCGCUAAAUAAAAAUUACUGAUUGCUGCCCUCUCUGGGUUUUGAUUAGAUUCCUAUAAUUCCGUCAUCCCGGUAUAUUAAUAUUUCAAGUACAAUAAAUUACUACAAAUUGGCGUCGCGAUGGAGCUAAGUAACCUGGGAAAAUUUCCUCUUAAUGGUUCUCCGCGGGAGAUUGCUGAUUAUUUGGAAUGCUUUGAUGCGUGGUGCAUUUCCAAGAAUGUUCGGGAUGAUAAAAUACCUGCUCAUUUCAUCACCGCUAUUGGUCUUGAUGCAUAUAGCCUGGUGAAGAAUCUGGCGUUUCCAGAUAAACCCAUUUCUAUGCCAUAUGCUAAGCUCCGUGAACUUCUUAUAGAUCACUUCCAUGUAACUACUUUUGAGACCAGAGAGAGGGCUCACUUCAACAAACUGGUACGUUCUCCCAAUCAGAAGAUAAGAGACUUUAUACUACAACUCCAAAUUCAAGCCUCAAAGUGUAAUUUUGGAGAUCAGCUGCAUACACAACUACGUGAUCGUCUAAUUGCUGGAAUCAACAUUCCUAAAUUAGAGAAAGAGUUAAUUCAGAUUCCCUUUUGUACGUUUCAAACUGCUAAAGAUGUAUGCAUUACAUAUGAAGAUGUCAAUAAUGAAUACUCUGCUCCCACUACGUCAGUGUCUGAUGUUAUGCUUUCUAAAGUCGAAAAUACAAGUGGUAAUGGAAAGAAAUCCAAACUGCCAUCCACAGGUAACAGAAUGCAGCGAGAGAUCAAAAACAUUAAACCGUGUUUAUCCUGUGGAAAGUUAUAUCUACGAAGCACUUGCCGUUUUCGGAGUGCUAAGUGCUAUAAAUGUGGUAAAGUUGGACACAUCAAGACGGUUUGCAGGAGUUCGAGUACUUAUGUUGCUCAACAUUCUUAUAAUUCUCCCAAGCUGUCUAGUAAAAUGGAGUCUAUGUGUCUUUCAACUUUUCAAAAUACUCAAGCUAAUCCAACGAAAACCUCCACUGCAAGUUCAGCAACGCAAGUAUCAACUGUAUUCAAAAAUGAGGUAGCUAAGUUGCAAUGUGAACUGUCGAAAGCACGAAAAGACCUGAAUGAGAUGAGAGAGCAACUGAAUAAAAUUGAGGAAUUACUGCAUAUGCAUAGACUACGUCUGGUGAAUCCAGAGCAUACAAGUUCUUGUGAAAGUCCUGCAAAACUAUUCAAAUCUCGAAUUCUCAAAAAGCAUCUGAUGUCCACUACUUCUAAUGUACAUUAUUACAAAGAUAAUAACUACAGACCUUCUGUUGGAAUUAUACUACAAAAAAUGGGAAAUCGAGUGGUGAAGAUAUUAGACAUCAAAGAUCACUCAGUUCAUAACGGACACCUGGACAAAGUGACAAUAAAUGAAGUAGGUCGUUCCAAUUAUAAUAUUAUUGAUUCCGCUAAUAAUCCUGAUUUUGUAGAUAAUUCAGAAAUAAGUCCAGAUAGUACUGAUGAAAAUAAUAUCACAGAAUCAGUUAGCUCGAAGCUACUUGCAAGCA